CCACGAUUAGUUUGAAGGCAUUUCGCCAACUGGACACGCGGUCUUACCAAUUCACACUCGUUAGCGCCAAACUUGGUCGCAUCGACUCCCAGUCUCUGCAGGACUGCAUUGGCAUUGGGAGACAGAUGAAUCGCAGCACCAAUUUCGUUUGCGAAUCGUGAUCGUUCGAAGAGCUAGACGGUGGGUAUGGCGGGUCAGCAUAUCGCAGUCUGAACGAUUUGCACUGAGCCACCGAUCACACGCACCUCGACACGAUGACCCUGCUGGCGCAAAGCAAUCGCCGCGGUCAAACCACCGAUGCCCGCACCGAUGAUCAAGACGCGAAGGCCCUCGGGGGCGGUUCCACCGUUCAGUUCCUUAAUCGCCAUCUUUGGUGCACUUGACUAGCAGAAUCGCAACUGAAUCCGAAUAGCAACCCCGCGGUUGCAGUGCGUCCGGGAUAAAUAUUUAUGGCGCAUAGAGUCGUCCCUUUUUCGCGUCCCCGCCAUCCAUUGCGUCCCUCCUUCGGCUUCCUUGGGGCCCCAUCGUCGUCAGUUGGAGGGGCGGCCUCGGAUGUCCAUUUCGGCUCCACCUCCGGGGGAGGCACCACGCGGCCGCGGGCGGGGGAGAAAGGGAAUGUAUAUGAAUUGUAGGGAGGAGAGGUGCUACCGCGCUUGGUCUCUUUUUGUUUUGUCUUAGGGUUAUUCUUUUUCCUUGUGACAUCCUGGGUCAAGACUGUCUUCGAAAAUGCCGAACGAAAUCAAGGAUAUCACCACCAGGGAUGAAACGUCCUUCCCUUACAUCUUCGAACAGAAUGUCUCCAUCGAAUUGAAGGACCAAUCCGGGGUGGUGCGAUGCAACGUCUAUCGCCCCAAGACUUCCGACAAGGUUCCCGUCUUGGUCACCUACGGACCCUAUGGCAAGGACAUUCCCUACAAGGACUUCCACCCUCAGAGCUUCAGCGAGGUCAAUCCCGACCAGCGCUCGGAGCAUUCUGCUUGGGAGACCCCGGAUCCCAAGUACUGGACCACCAAUGGCUAUGCCGUCGUGCGCGCCGACGAGCGUGGCACGGGCCAGUCCUUCGGCAAGCUCGAUACCAUGUCGCGGGGCACCAGUGAAGCUUUCUUCGAUGUCGUCGAGUGGGCGGCGGAGCAGCCCUGGUCGUCCGGGAAAGUCGGUCUGCUGGGAAUCAGUUACUUUGCCGGCAGUCAAUGGCGUGUCGCCGCUCGUCAGCCCAAGGGACUGGCUUGUAUGAUUCCAUGGGAGGGCAUGUCGGAUUACUAUCGCGAUCGGUGCCGACACGGUGGAAUCUUGUCCAAUGCGUUCAUCAAGUUCUGGUGGAAUCGUCAGGUGGUGAGCAACCAGUACGGUCUGGGAGGUCGUGCGGCUCGCAAUUGGGGUCCCGACACGAUCGAGGGAGACCUGUCGGAAGAAGAGCUCGUGCAGAACCGCCAGGAUCAGACGAUCGACAACGAGGAGAACAAGUUCCGUGACGAUCUCUACUACGCCUCCAAGGAGUACAGUCUCUCGGAUAUCCAAGUGCCGCUGCUGUCCGUGGCUAACUGGGGUGGUAUUCUUCUGCACCUGCGUGGCAACGUGGAGGGAUGGACUCACGCCGGUUCCGAACUCAAGUACCUCCGCUUCAUCACCGGUCGUCACGACCUCCCCUUCUACUACGCCGAGGAGGUUGAGGUCCAGCGCAGCUUCCUGGAUGCCUUCCUCAAGGGCGAGGACCGGGAGGGCUGGUCGACGGGCAAGGCGCCCAAGGUUGAUAUGGUGCUGCGCAAGGGCGAUGCCGGUUUCAACAAUGCCGAAGCCGAGAAGCUCUUCCCUCGUCGUAUUGAGCACGAAUGGCCCAUCGCCCGCACUCAGUACACCAAGUUCUACCUCACCUCCCAGAAAGAGCUGAUCACGCAUGCCCCCACCGAGCGUCCCAGCAAGAUCUCCUACGAGGCUCUGGGUAACCUGGACAAACCCCAACUGGUGCAAUUCGUCACUCCCGCAUUCGAGAAGGAGACUGAGAUUACCGGACACAUUGUCGCCCAUCUGAACGUAUCCAUGAGCGCCAAUCCGGGCGCUCCUACCCCCCAGGAUCUCGAUCUCUUCCUCACCCUCCGCUACAUCUCCCCCGAGGGCAAGGAGGUCUUCUACACCGGUACCGCGGGUGACCCCGUUCCCCUGUGCAAGGGCUGGCUGCGUGCCAGCAGGCGCAAGGUUGAUGAGCAAAACCCCCGCCACAGAGCUUGGCUGCCUCACCGUAACUAUUACUCUACGGAUGUGCUGCCCGUUCUGCCCGGUGAGGUUUACCCGGUCGAUGUGGAGAUCUGGCCUACCAACGUCGUGGUUGAGAAGGGUGGAAAGAUUAUUCUGGAGGUUUCCAGUGGUGAUACUCAGGGUAGCGGUGUCUUCCAACAUAACUCCCCCAUUGAUCGCUCCGUGGAACGAUUCCAGGGCCAGAACCACAUCCACUUCGGCCUCGGCGACAACUACGUGACUCUGCCCAUUAUUCCUUGAAGGAACACAUAAUUGGUAGAAAAUGAUUGUAAACGAAUGUUAGAGCACAGCACAAAUAAAUAUAUCUCUUAUUUUGCA